UAAGCUCUGGACGGCGCGAAAACCCAAUUGACAAGAACUCCCGCCGAAGCCCCGCGGUCCGGUCUGCGUGCUGUCGGCUGUCCCCGCCCGGGCCCUGGUCCCGAGCGCUCAGCCUGGAGCGCCUGUCUCGGGGGCCCUCUGUAUUCGCCGGCCGCACCCCAGCAGCCUCGCUGCCCGCGCUUUCUCGCUGCCUCUUUCCGCGUCCGGCUUCACCGAGCUGGGCCCAGCGUCCUUCUCGCUUCUCGCCGGUGGGCGCGGGAGAACCUGAGACCGAGCCGGUGGCCUGCACAGAGCGGGCCGCCCCAAUGGCCUCCAGGCGGGCCGGGCCGGGCCGCAGAAGGUCCUAGGAGCUGCGAUUCUGGGAGGCGGUGAGCAUGGUGGGGGUCCUGGCCAUGGCGGCUGCUCCCCCUGCCGUGAAAGACUACGAGAUCGAGCCAUGCAAAAAACGAAGGAAAGAUGAUGACAGAUCUUCCUGUAAAACAAUUACAAAAUAUUUAUCACCAAUAGAGAAGACUGGAGACAGGGUUUUUUCUCCACCAAAAUCCAGCAAUAUUUUAAAUUAUUUUAGAAAGACUUCCCCCACAAAUGAGAAGGUACAAUCAGCGAAAGAGGGCAAGAUAAAAUCUUCUGCACCGUCUCCUGUUAACAGUACCGGCAACUGUAAGAAACCUUUGGGACUGUUCUCAAAUACAGAGAUUAAGAAGAAACGAAGGAGGGUUAAUUUAUCUCAUCAGCUAAAUAAUAUUAAAAUUGAGAAUGAAUUCUCAAUUGAAAUUAAUAGUGAUCAUAGCAAAGAUGAUUCUAGUUUAAAUAAUGAUGUUGUGGAAAGUAGUACUUCUGUUCUACUUUGCAAGAAACACGUAGAUUCUCAUGCAGAAAGUAUCCAAGAUACCAAAACACAGACACAUAUUAUGAUCUCCAAAAAAAAUUCUAAGAAAGUAAGUAAGAAAAAUGAUUGCAGAAAGUUGAGGAAAAGGAAACAGAGGGAGGUAAUAUCUCUAACUGAAUAUUUACCCUUGCCAGAAGGACUAAGUCUACUUAAAAAAGAUGGUAAAGAUAAUAAACAGAUAAUGCCUUCCCUAACUAAUGAAAUUGAGACUACUACAAAUGAUGCAAACUCCAGUGAUCAUGUAACUGAAAUGGGCCAUUUAAAUAAUGGUACAAUAACUAUCUCAUAUGAGGAGUUCUUAAAAAGUCACAAAGAAGGCAAAGUGGAACAAACACCAGACUCUACAAUGUCAGUUUGUGUUCCUUCUGAAAGUGUUGAAGGAAUAGUCAGAAGUGGUUGUAUAAGUGAAUCUGAAAACUGUGAAAUAUCUCAGCAGUUACACUUGAAGACAGUCACUGUUCUUGCACAAGUUCAUCCCAUUCCCCCAAAAAAGGCAGGGAAAAUACCCUCAAUUUUCUUGAAGCAAAAGCAUUCUGAGCUAGAAAACAGCCUAUCUGAUCCUGAGAGUGAACAGACAACUCAGAAAAGAAAAUCUAAUGUUGUUAUAGAGGAGGAAGAGUUGGAAUUGGCAGUGUUGGAAGCUGGAAGUUCUGAAGCUGUGAGACCCAAAUGUACCCUAGAAGAGAGACAGCAGUUUAUGAAAGCAUUUAGGCAGCCUGCGGCAGAUGCGCAUAAAAACGGAGUCAAAAAGCCUUCAGAUAAGCAGAAAGAUGACAAUGGAAAAUCUUUAAAUGAGGAAGAAAGCGAUAAUAAUUCUAAAAAAAUCAUGGGCAAUCCUAACAGCCAAAUGGUUUCAAAUAAUGGCAGCUCACAGUCACACACUGAUAAAGAAAGUUUUCUUAAGAAGAAGAGUAAAAAGGAGAAGAAAAUAUUAGAUACAGGGACUAUUGAAGGUGAGACCGGAGAGGAAUGUACUCAAAAACAAAAAACAACUUUUUGCUUAAAAGAGAAGCAAAAUCCAAAUAGGCUUAGAAUGAAUUUAAGGCAAAAGAAUUCAGAAACUUUCAAAAGCAGUAUAUUAUUUAACAGCAAAAGUCUCCAUGAAGCAAAUGAUGAGCCUUUAAAAAUUUCCUCUCUGUGUAACAACAAUAAAUCAUCAAGAAAAACCAGCACGCCUGUUAAAGGUGGUAAAUUUAUACAUUCUAAAGCCAAGUGUGAAAACAGGUUGGAAAAUGUUUCCACUCCCAGAUCUACCAGAAGGUCUACGAGAUGUAGCAGCGCAUCUACUGCAGUGACCUUCAGAGGUACCGACUCUGAAGAUGCACAGGACAGUAGCCCAGGAAAGCCUUCCACUCCUGCAUCAGAAAAACACAGCCUAUACACGGCGGAAUUGAUAACGAUAUCCUCCGAUUCAGAGAGUCCUAUUAGAAUGAAAUUUACCAGGAUUAGUACUCCCAAAAAAUCUAAGAGAAGAUUUAAGAAAUCUGAAGCAACUGAUGGAGACUUUACUUCUCAGACUAGAAAGGCAAACAGUACUUCAAAAAAUAUUUCAAAAGCCAAGCAACUGAUUGAGAAAGCAAAAGCUUUACACAUCAGUAGGUCAAAGGCUACUGAAGAAAUAGUCAUACCUUUAAGACGUUCUUCUAGGCAUCGGACACUUCGUGAAAGGGAGAAAUCAUCGGAAACAGAUGACUCUGUAAUAAUAAUAGAUUCAAGUCCUACUGCUUCAAAAAAUCCAGAGAAGAAUCAGAAGAAACUACAGAGCUUGAAUGAUGUGCUAGGAAAAAAACUUAAAGAGUCUCCUAAAAAUAUACCUGGAAAAAUGAAAGUUGCUCCUUUAUUUCUUACCAAAAAGGCUGAGAAAACUACUGAUCCUGUCCUUGUUUCUGAUGAGAACAGUCAAGAUGCAUCUGAAAAGUCUCAGGGUUGUGAUGUACAGUGUAAAGCAAAGCGUGAUUUUCUAAUGAGUGGUUUGCCAGAUUUGUUGAAACGACAAAUUGCAAAGAAAACUGCAGCACUGGAUAUGUACAAUGCAGUGGGUACCAGUUUCCAGACAGUUGUUCAUAUACAGCAAAAGGAUGACGGGUGUUGGUUGUGGCAUUUGAAACCACCCUCUUGUCCUCUCUUAACUAAAUUUAAAGAACAGGAUACAAAAGUAACAGAUAUUUCCAAACGGGUUAUUGCUCUUGGUGAAUUCUCAACUUUGGAUUCAAAUUUGAACCGUGAUUCUGCUGUCAUGCUUAUGAGGACAAGGAAUGCUUUUACUAAAGAAGUAAGAAAUAUUUUGCUGGAGGAAAUUGGGUGGUCAAAUCCUGGUUUUUCUUUGGGAAAAUAUUUUCCCUUGCUUCUAAAAAAACAAAUCGAAUACCAGGUACUUUCUGAGUAUCAUGGUAAACAAGAAAGUUCACAGCUAGAGCCUGAUGUCAGUCAAAAAGACAUGAAAAGGAAACGAAUGGAAACAGAAACUCAGAAGUCAAAAAGAAAGAAACUAAGUGAAUAUUCAGUAAAUCCAGAAAAGAUCAGUGAGAAGCCAGAAGAACUUGACAAAAGCAACAACUCUUCUGGCAAAAAGCUAGAUUCUUCCAAAGGUAUAUUUUCUAAAUCAUCCCGGAAGAAGCAAACUGCUUUACGUACAACAUGCAAAGUGAAAACAGAAGCAGUAGUGCAUCAUGAUAUUCUGAUAAUAAAUGAUGACAAAGAGCCUGCAGCAGAAACAUCUUCCGUUCCUGAUUCUGGAACUGAAGAUAUGCUUUGGACAGAAAAGUACCAACCUCAGAAUGCCAGUGAACUCAUAGGCAAUGAGGCAGCUAUAAAGAAGUUACAUAGCUGGUUAAAAGACUGGAAGAGAAGAGCUGAACUGGAAGAAAGACAGAAUUUGAAGGGAAAAAGAGAUGAAAAACAGGAAGAUUUUUCUGAUAGCGUAGACUUUCAAGGCAGCUCAGACGAAGAAGAGAUCCGUCUUUGCAACACUGUUCUUAUAACGGGGCCAACAGGAGUGGGUAAAACUGCCACAGUGUAUGCUUGUGCUCAGGAGCUGGGAUUCAAGAUAUUUGAAGUGAAUGCUUCCUCCCAGCGCAGUGGUCGACAAAUUCUGUCUCAACUCAGAGAGGCUACUCAGUCCCAUCAAGUAGACAAACAAGGUGUAAAUGCACAGAAGCCCUGUAUUUUUAGUAACUACAGCAUAGGCAAGUCACCAAGAAAAUUAAACUCCCCUAAGAAAGUUGUUACAUCCCCACGGAAACUUCCUCCAUCAUCACCAAAAAGUAGCGGGCAGAAGAGAGCACUUCCCCCUAAAACACUGGCAAAUUACUUUAAAGUAUCUUCUAAACCCAAAAAUAAUGAGGAAAUGGAAGCACUUUUCAGAAACGAUAAAGGAAUCAAACAUUCUUUGGAACAGAAGCAAAUUGCUCAGACUAAAUGUACAAGUGCAGUGAACUCAAAUGCCAAAGAGUUUGGACCUGAAGAACCCAACAGGAGAAGUGCAACAUCUCUCAUUCUUUUUGAGGAGGUUGAUGUCAUUUUUGAUGAAGAUGCUGGGUUUUUGAAUGCAGUCAAGACAUUUAUGGCAACAACUAAACGACCUGUAAUCCUUACUACAAGUGAUCCAACAUUUAGUUUAAUGUUUGAUGGCAGCUUUGAAGAAAUCAGUUUCAGUACUCCUUCUCUGCUAAAUGUUGCCACCUACUUACAAAUGAUCUGCUUAACUGAAAAUUUCAGAACUGAUAUAAGAGACUUUGUGACCUUAUUAACUGCAAAUGCUUGUGAUAUCAGAAGAAGUAUCCUUUACUUACAAUUUUGGGUUAAAAGUGGAGGUGGAUUUUUGGAAGAAAGGCCACUAUCUCAUUCUGGACGAAGUAGCCAGAAUGUAUUAGUUUGCACUGAACAAGGCCCUGAUUCCAAAAGUAACACUAAAAGUACUAAGAAGAAUCGGAUAGUCCUUCCCAAAUGUGACACUGGCUGUGCUGAGACCUUCUUUGGACUCAAGAACAUUUUUUCCCCAUCUGAAGACUUAUUUUCAUUUUUAAAGCACAAAAUCACAACGAAGGACGAAUGGCAUAAAUUCAUCCAGCUUCUUACAGAAUUCCACGUGCAGAAUAUAGAUUUUUUAUAUAGUAAUCUUGAGUUCAUCCUACCAUUACCGGUUGAUGCCAUUCCAGAAAUAAGAAACCUUCGUGGCUCAUCUGUCACCGUGGAUGCCAGUGCAGCAACAGGAAGUAGGAAAUGCCUUGUCAGGAAAUGCUCUGAAGGAGAGCAGCCGUUGAAAAAGUCACAGAAAAGAAAACAUAAGAAAAAGAUGGUGAUCCUAGACGAUAGUGACUUAUUUGACACUGGAUUGGACUUCUCAGACGAAUUUAUUAACCUGUCCCAUGUGUCUUCCUCAGAUUUAGAAGAAAGCAAAGCCAGAGGCAAAGAAAACAAUCCAGAGACAAAGAGUCCAAACCAGUAUUCAGAGUGUGACAUUGAAUCGAUUCCUUGUCCUCCUAAAACACCGGCAGAAAAACAGUGCUCUGUCCUUCUUUCUCAUUGUUUAAGUUCUCUCACUGAGUUCAUGGACAACAUGUCCUUCUUAGAUGCCUUCUUAACAGAUACAAGGGAACAGAAAGAACCUGGUAAAAAUGACUUCUGCUGGACAAGUGGAAAGGUUCAAAGUGGACUUUGUGAUGAGUUUAGUGUGGAGAGUGGUGAUGGGUGGACUUCUCAAGGCUCUGCGGAAUUAAAGGCAGCUGUGCAAGCGUUCAGCUUUACUAAAUGUUCUUCUGCUAUUUCAAAAGCGCUGGGAUCUUUGAAUUCUUGCAAGAAAUUAGGAAGAGAUCCAACCAACGAGCUUACUUUUUAUGUUUCACAAAAACAUUAUAAUGUGUGCUUUAGCCAGUCACCAGCUAAUUUGGACAAUGCUUGGAAGAGGAUAGCAGUGGUUAAAAGUGUAUUUUCUAGUCGAUCUCUACUGAGCGUAGGUAACAGACAAGCCAGUGUGACUGAGUACCUGCCAACUCUUCGACACAUCUGCAGGACUGAGAAGCUAAAAGAACAAGAAAAAUGUAAAAGAAGGUUCCUGCACUAUUUUGAAGGAAUUCAUCUGGACAUUCCAAAAGAGACUGUGAAUAGUUUGGCAGCUGACUUCCCUUAAUACUGUGCAUUAACUAUGCCUUGUACAAAUUAUGUGGUGCUUAAGAUACAUUGUGUAUAAUGUUGAUUUUCAUGGAAGUGUUCAUUUUUGUUAAUGUACAUUUAAAACAGACUAUUUGUAUUUUUUAUUGCAGAUAUUUAAAAUGAAAAAAUUUGAAUUAUAAAUUGUAUAUAUGAUGGUGGCAGUUUUUCCUGAAUUUUUUAUAUUAUAUAAUUUUGCUUUGUUGGUAUUUUUGGUACAUGAAUGAAUUGUGUCUAGAAUGUAGAGUUAACUAAGAUAUUUCUAAAUAUACAGUGCUAAACUAAUGCUAUAUUUUUUCCCUUUUCUAUUACCCUUUACCCACACCUCUCCAAAUACAGUUCUCUCAGACU